GUGUGGAUCUUUCAAAAUCUCCAAAUAUUGGAUCAAGUCUUCAGUGAAUCCCUUCGACUCUAUCCUCCGGUCACAGGAUUCGUAUCCAGAAUCUGUAGCGAAGAUUAUCGGGUAGGAUCCAUGACAAUUCCCAAAGGAGCUGUAGUCCAGGCUGCAGUCUGGGACAUCCACCACGAUCCAGAGUUGUGGCCCGAACCGUGGAAGUUCGAUCCGGAUCGAUUCGCUCCUGAAAACAGAGCGUCUCUUAACAGCAUGGCGUACAUGCCUUUCGGCAUAAGCAGGAGGACCUGCAUCGGUGCAAGAUUUGCCCACGCGGAAGCGAAAUUGGCAUUGUUCAGGCUGGUGAAAAAAUUCAGGUUUGAGACAUGUGAAAAGACUGACGAUCCAUUGCUCUUGAAAUGCCCAAAUGUCAUUAUCAAUCCAGGUAAUGGUGUUUACUUAAGAACUGUAUCACGAACUGCUUUAGCCUUAAAAAUUAUUACAGGGCAUUUCAAGAAUUCUUUGAAAUCCUGUACAUAA